AGGAGGCCGGGCCCGCGCUUGCGUCGAAGCCGUCCGAGGCCAGGGGCGGUUGGCGGGCGAACCAACGCUCUGGUUGCCUGGGUGACAACGGCUAACGGCUUGUUGCGCUCCGGGGCGCCGGGCGCUCGGGCUUCGUGGUUGCUCCGUGUUUGACUUUGCGGUGCCAAGGGUCGUUGGGGGUGGUGAGCACGUGGGCUCCAGGCGCGUGCACGCGCCCGCGUCCCCGCCGCGCGCCUCCCGCCCUGCGCACCGGGGUCGCCGUCCGGCCCUCCGCACGCUCCCGUCGUCCCAGGGGCUCGAUCCCCGCGCCGGGUACCGGGUAUAAGGCGAUGCCGGGCCAGGCUGCGGGGUCCUGCGGGGCCGAGACCGAGGGUGGCGUCCGCCGAUCAACUGAAUACUCAUAUUACCAGAAUGCCAAAAGUACUGAUAGAAUUAAAGACAGACACAAGAUGAGCUCACACAUAGCCAAGCUGCAUGAGUUACAGAGGACACCACUCAUGCCGACAGUUCACUUCCCCAAGGCACUGACAGAUGCCUGCUUCCUAAAGCAUCCACACCUCACCAUGAGCCAGAAGCGGUCCCUAUACAGCAUCGCUAAGAUCUGCAACGCCAGCUACCUGCGGAUGCUGAUGAAGAAGCAGUACACGCACGCGAUGCAGCACGGCGCGGAGGAGCCAGGCGCGCCCACCGCUCCCCACAGCCGCCUCUGCUGCCGCUGCUCGCAGAGACAGCAAUGCCCGGCCGCCGCCGCGGAGCGCCACCAGCUGGCCAAGGGCUGGUCCUGCACCCAGGCCGCACCCCAGGGGGGCCUGCAGCAUUCCCUCUGGCGCUCCCCGAGGAACAAAGAGGGGUUAAAAAAUGGACAUGUGUCUAAAACAAGAUGUAAGUCAAUGAAGAUUUUCAGAAGAUCAGGCAGAUUGUACAUGCAGCCAAUUUCUUCAAAUGACUCUGAAUCAUACAUGAAUGAACUAAAAAAGGAGGAAGACCUACUGAAUAGGAGUAUGCAAUCUAUGUCAAUCGAAGAACAGGAAGAACAUCUGAUGCUAACCUGACAGUCCUGGGUGCUGGGGUUACACAGCUGAGACACAAUGCCAAAGGCAGAUGUCGGAGUGAGGGCUAUGACUUGUGUUCUCCAUGUUUAGUUGCCUUAUGCACCACCAAGCCAUUAAUUUUGGCUUAGCAACUUGUGUGCAAAUGAUAUUUGUGUCAUAAAAUUUACCUAAAAUAUAUGCUUAUACUUCUGCUAGGUAUGAUUAAAGUUUUCUUGUUGCAUAAAACUGACUUUUUUCACUGGUCCUGGAGCUGGAACUCAGGGCCUGGGUGUUGUCCCUGAGCUUUUGUGCUCAAGGCUAGUGCUCUACCAUUUGAGCCACAGCACCACUUCUGACUUUUUCUGAGUACAGGCGUCCAUCUUUAUAGCAUGGUUCACUUAUUGUGGCCUUACUGUAUCACAGGUUUGUUGUUGUUUUUUAAUACAUACAGCGAUCCUUCACUUUUGCAGGAGCUGCGUUCCAGA